AACCGAUAUCUCAGCAAAAGCCUCCAUCGUCUUUGCUUAUCUUCGCUUUGAGCUUUAUCCAUUGCAUUUUGGUACACUGUCUUUGAGGACAUCUGCUGAUGUUUCGUUGUUGCAGGAAAUGUUGUCCCUGUUAAGCCUGGAACGGUUGUUACCGUCGGCAGAUGCCAUCAGCACUUCAAACACAGCAGUGAGCGCUUGAUGCCAACGUCCUUGUCGUAGGUCCAGGGUGCUGUCGCGUUGUUUGCGUGAACCUCGGAAUGGACAAGGCCAUGGACGACACCUCAAGACUAUUCUAUUCGCUCAACAUCGAAGGGGAAAAUGCUACCCGGACCAGUGUUCUGUCAUCACAUACCGACAUUUCGACACGCCCUACUACCUAUGAGCAGCUCAUUGACUAUCUUGACAUGCUCAAGGUACCCGUCAUAGAUGGGGGCAACCUUCUACUAGGGAAGAAAAUAGGACUUGGCGCCAGCUUCCACGUCCAGGAAGGGAGAUUUCUUAAUCGGAGCAUCUAUUCCUCACUCGUUGCGGUAAAAACACCACGAGAAAGUAUCCACAAGCACCCCCACAUCCUAAGCUCAAUUAUUAGGGAAGUCCUAGACGAAAUACGAGUUAUGUCCCAUCUUUCGCUACAUCCGAACGUAGCAACCCUUCUGGGCGUCGUUCUCGAGGAAAGCGGAAGCGAGCGCCUUCUGCCUCGGAUUGUCAUGGAGCGAUCCGUUGGAUCGUUAGGAAGUCUUCUUCGGAAAUCGCAGGGAGGGCUUCCUAGACAUCUGAAGACCCGAUUUUGUCUGGAUGUAGCUGCCGGUCUCGAAGCCCUUCACCUCAUCGAAAUCGUACACGCCGACGUCAAGUCAGAUAACAUCCUCAUCUUCUACACGGCGGAAAACUGGUUUGACAACUGUGUCCCCAUGUUGACCGCAAAAGUCUCCGAUUUCGGGUUCUGCGUCCCAGAUACCAAUGCACGGAAUAUAGCCGCUGGCGCAAGCGGAACUGUGCGCUUUAGGGCACCGGAGACUCUUUACGAGGCGCCUCCGUCCUUGCGCCAGUAUGCCAAGCUUCCUGAGCGAGAUCUCUAUUCUUACGGAGUGAUGGUAUGGGAAGUUAUCAAUGACGGUCGUCUUCCAUUUCCCACUUCCUUCAAGCUCUCCACCGAAGAUGGAGCGUCUGAUUGUCUCAUCAAAAGCAGUGUGGUGGAGGUUGAGGGUUUCUUGACAACUAUACGGGGUACCGUCCGCAGGAGUCCAAGUACCAGAAUGUCAUGGCAGGACGUCUUUACGUCGCUUUCGACAGCUUGCGACGCUUCUUGUAUUUCCCCGAGUCCCAACCUUUCCAUUGUACAGUACUUCACAGACGCAAGUGAACGGCAAGUUGCGGCACAGUGGGAUGAAUCGCAACAAUUCGGAUGGAUACCUAAAGUGCCCUUUCCAUAUACUACAUGGCGAAAUGGUGACGACAGCAGCUAUUCAAGUCUGCUCUUCUCCAUCUGGCCUGUGGAAGUGGAUGCAGUGGAUGUCAUUCGGGCUCUCCUUCAAAAGAAGACCAACGUCAGUGCUCCAGAUAAACGCGGCCGUACGCCUUUACAUAUGGUGAAAUCUGUCGCGGCCGCCCAAGUCCUAAUCGACUUUGGAGCGAAUGUACCAGAGGGCUACAUGCCUCUCCACGUUGCUCGUUCCGGAGAAAUUGCAGAGUUACUCAUACAGAACGGUGCACUGAUAGACGCACUAUCCAACGACUCGGAUACGCCUCUCCACACUGCUGAGUCUGCUGAUGUUAUUCGUGUCCUUGGAAGAUACGGUGCAGAUCCCUUAGCACGGGAUAGCGCGGGGAGUGUCCCUCUACAUCACGCAUUCAUAGAUGAUGUCGCCAUGAGCCUGAUGGACCUUUGUCCUGCCGCAGUCAAAUGUGUAGACGCAAUUAACAACUGGGCUGGAAAAACGGUCCAACGGGCACUUGAUUGUGGUGCCGACGUGACUGUCGUCAGCAAAAUAGGGACAACGCCUCUCUUUGGUACCACUACCUUCGAAAGAGUCAAUUACGCAGGGUAUCGUGUCCUAUUCGAAGCUUUCGCUGAUACUAGGAAGCAGAUCCCGCCGGCGGAUGAACUGAAGUUAUUAAGUCCGCCUCUACAUGAGAUCACUGAGCCAAAGUUGAUGGAACUCUUCCUUCGCAAUGGCUUUACGAGCUAUAUCGAAUAUGGAAGCCCUCCUUAUGGUCAUACAGCCCUUCACGCAAUAGCUGAUCGGGACUUGGCUCUACAUAGAGCAUUUUCAAUGUGGCCUCCACCUUCACCUCUUUCAAAGGAUGCGAACCUUGUGAACUUCUCGUCAUCGGUUCCCUCUCUCGAACUUAUAGAUCUACUACUAAAAUACGGCGGUGAUCCUAAUGUUCUCAAUAAACAGCAAGCAACACCCUUGCACCUAUUGGCCCAAAAUGUUUUUGGCGACAAAGGACACGCUGAGAAUACCGCUCUUGUUCAGCGUCUGGUGGAUGCCGGUGGGGACGUUAACGCAAGGACCAUCGAUGGUGAGACACCCUUGCACCUUGCUUCGCGUGUAGAGACCGUCGUCGCCCUUCUGAAAGCCGGUGCCGAUCCUCGAAUUGUUGACAAUGAAGGGGUAACGCCUCUUCACCACGUUUAUCGUUUGUGUGAAUCCUUCGACGUAGCUGUCCGCAUGUUCCUCAAGCACGGAGCAAAUAUCAAUGCUGCCGAUGAUGAAGGAUUUACUCCCCUGCAUUAUGCGUGCCGGACCUACGAGGAGAAUAGUAGAGGCCUCCGGCAGCUUAAAAGGUGGAGAAACGUUCCUUACGACAAGAUUCGGCAAUCAUCUCUACCGGCGAAGGUCCGGUUGACGUCUGAUAACGCUGAUGAGGCUGUGAAGGCUCUGCUUGACAACGGGGCUGACGUUAAUGCUCAGACAAAGGUGGGGGAAACCGCGCUGGAUAUGCUUUCUAGGCAACCUUUUGGAUGGGGUGCAUACAGCCUGUUGGUAGCUGCUGGAGCAACUCAAGCUUCUUCCAAAGCAGCACCAUGGUGGAAUUUCUAAGGCGCAUGAAUGAUUCAAAACCACAAUCGUGAUUUACAUUCAACAUAAAUUGGACAACCUUAUAUUCAAGUACUGCCUAAGUAGACUUCUUGUCAACUUGUUAUGCGUGCUACAUAAUACAGUACAGAAGAGAAAAUGGCCUUAGUUCCCGUCGUUGCGGCACUGAUAUGAUGAAAGGGUUAAAAUUUCAUUCUCAAACGCGUGAGCAGGGACGUACGCAGACUUGGAUACCAUGUCCAUCACAGGACCCCGACCUGGGAUCGCCACGGCAGGCAUAGCUACGAGGAAACCGUAAGCGACUGCCACCACUUCACAUACUUGGACCUACUUCUGGCCGUUAAGAUGUAACCC